CUUCGUCUUUUCUCCUCCUCCAAUACUUUUUCUCCAUCAAGGCAGUCGCCUUUCUUUUUUUGCUCCCGUUUUCUUCCCAUUCUGUGGCAACAGGCCGAGGGAGGAGACACAAGUGGGAGGAGGAAGGAAGGAGGAGAUCGAGAUGGUGAGGGGCAAGACGGAGAUGCGGCGGAUAGAGAACGCCGCGAGCCGGCAGGUGACCUUCUCCAAGCGCCGCAACGGCCUCCUCAAGAAGGCCUACGAGCUCUCCGUCCUGUGCGACGCCGAGGUCGCCGUCAUCGUCUUUUCCCCCCGCGGCAAGCUCUACGAGUUCUCCAGCUCCAGUGUGGAAAGGACAAUUGAUCGGUAUAAGAUGCACACAAAGGAUGCCAAUAUCAUGGAUAAAGGAACAGACAGCGAUAUGCAGCAGUGGAUAUCUGAAGCCACAGAUAUAGCAAAGAAGAUCGAAGUCAUUGAAGCUCAAAAAAGGAAACUUCUGGGCGAUGGUUUAGAAUCAUGUUCAUUAAAAGAAUUAUGUGAAUUAGAAGCUCAGAUGGAACGAAGCUUACAUAAAAUUAGAGGAAGGAAGCAAUACGUGUUAACGGAGCAAAUUGCACAACUAAAAGAUAAGGUGAGGGUUCUCCUAGAGGAGAAUGUAAAACUACAUAGGGAGCGCCAUAUAGAACCUCAACUUCAGCUAGCUUCUACCAGAGAUGUAGGUCCAAAGAAUCAUGGCAACCAAGAAAUCACGGAGGUAGAAACAGAGCUAGUAAUUGGCAGGCCAGGAAUUAGGGAAGAUAAAUGAGAUAUCAUGACACCAUCACCAGCAUCACGUCCAUGGACUUGAAACAAGCGACGCGAAGCUGCAAACAAUAAGUUGAUGAGGAGAUUUCUUAUCUUGGCACGGCAGGGUUUCGAAAAUGAUUGCUUGAAAGAAUAAACUGGAGGAACUCAAUCUGCUGAUACUAUCUAUAGUUGCAGUAAUGGUUUUUGUAGUAAAGCUAGGAAAUUAGUAAUUUUGAGUCGUGUAAUUGAAUGCAUGAAAAUUCAAAAGUUUCUACCUGUUCAACAUGCAUGCUUGUACAAGAAUCAUAAACCUUUUCUGUUGCCACUGUUCUAUUAAUGUAACAUAUGUUUCUUCAUUUAUCAACAGAGGAAUGAUUUGAGCA